UCAGUUCAAUCAUGAAGUUCAUCUACACGUGUCUUUGCCUAUGUAUGGCGGCAGGGCUAGUCACGCCUGCGCCGGCAAAUGGGUUCGUAUUUCCAGACCAGCAGAGACAACAGAAGAAAUUGGAACCGAUCAUUACUCCGCCUGUUCUUCCAGUUAUAGAACAUUUAGAACGAGAUCCCAGCACUCUCUUUCCGGGAGAAGGAAAGAGCGUAUCUCGUCAACCAAAUCCAAGGUUUAGAUGGGGUGGUGGUUUUAAUGUGAAGCCGACCGGAAAUGGUGGGUUGUCGGCUAGUGUUAGCAGUAGUGCAAGUGGUGCCGGUGUUAGUCAUUCAGCCUCCCAGUCCUUUUCGUUUGGUUUCAAUGAAGGAUUUAGUGCGUCACAUUCGGCGAGUCAGGCGUCUUCCUUUAAUGGUUUCGGAAGUGGCUUUGGUGGUAGCCAAGCCAGCAGCCAAGCGGCGUCUUUCAGUGGUGGGUCGGUAUCAGGGGCGUCAUCUUCUUCGGCAGCACUUUCUUCAUUUGGCAACUUGGCAGGAAGUCAGAGUGCCUCGUCUGCUUUUGGUUUCAACUCUUUAAAUGGGUUCCAACCUGAUGUCUCAUUUGGUGAUGGACUUCUUGAUGUCAGGCAUCGUGGUAUACCAAACUUUCCUUUCCCCGAUCUUCUCGGUAGAAGCAAAGGUAUUGGUGCAGCUGCCUUCAAAUCCAGACCACUUGCAAGAAACAACGAUGAUUUUUUAGCUGUCCUAGUUUCUAAUUAAUUAGGAUAAUGUAAGCAAUUAUUGUAGAUAAUCCAAAGAAUAGCGUUGGGAUACAAUUAGUUCUGCUAAUGAACUUCAGCUGGAUACUCCAAAACUACUCGUAGUUAUGUUGGACUUAUAACUUAUCCUUUAUACUGAAUUAUAAUAGUCGGUAAAAAUCCUACUAAGGUUUAAGAAGCUUUUGUCCUACUAAAGAGAGAAAUUAGAAAAUAUAUCCAAUACUUUAUAUAUC